AUGAGCUUCUUCAGGAACUUAUUCAAGGAGUCUGGUGUACGAGAUGUCAUCACCCUCUUCCAUUCUCCUUCAAGUCCCGCCUCAAUUCGCGCGCAUACGUUUCUGAAGCAAGCGGCUGCGAAUGCGCAGUCUAAUGCAACAGUCGACCAAGCGGGGGAUCAUGGCAAACAGAGCAAGCUGGGAAGAACGAACUUCGAUCUAGAUGUGGUUGAAGGACCGCCAACUCCAGACCAGUUGACCAACAUUCUCGAAUAUAUCGGCCCUUCAAAGGCAGGCAGCGUUGUUCAGAACGCCACAGGGAGCACCGAUGCGUUGAGGAAGUUCAACGCAACGCAGUCACUCUUCCAACGACCGGUCACGGUGGACUGGAACAAUGGGCGGGCAGUCGUCGGCGAUGACGAGAGUGAACUCACGAAGCUCAUAAAGACGCUGCCGAAGUAG